GCCUCCGACCUUGAAGGAAUCGUGGCAAUGUUGAUUGUAGGAAAUGGGAGUGAGCAGCAGCUGCAGAAGGAACUGGAAGACAUCCUAAUGGAUCCCCCCAUGGAGGACCCCUCCAAUGACCGGGAGGGGGAGGAAGGGAGCCCCUCCCAGGACGGAGAAGGAGACGAGCUGGUUCUCCUUGAGGCCUCCGCCUCCUCCACCAUCAACCCCGUGUCCGUGACGGGACCCUCCAAGCCAGAAAUGAGGCUCCCGGUGAAGCCAUCCCAGGGAGAUUCGGAGGACUCCAGCCCCUUCACCCCAGUGGCCGACGAGGACAGCGUGGUCUUCAGCAAACUCACUUACUUGGGCUGCGCCUCAGUCAACGCCCCCCGAAGCGAGGUGGAGGCCCUGAGGAUGAUGGCCAUCCUGCGGAGCCAAGGCCAGACCUCUGUGGACGUGACGCUUUCUGUGCCAAAUGUGUCUGAGGGCACCGUGAGGUUGCUGGAGCCUCCAACAAACACCGAAAUAGCCAACUAUCCCAUUUACAAGAUCCUGUUCUGUGUGCGGGGUCAUGACGGGACUCCGGAAAGCGACUGCUUUGCUUUCACGGAAAGCCAUUACAACUCCGAGCUCUUCAGAAUUCACGUCUUCCGAUGCGAGAUCCAGGAAGCUGUGAGCCGGAUCCUGUACAGUUUUGCCACCGCUUUCCGCCGUUCUGCCAAGCAAGUCCCGCUCGCGGCCCCUGUUACUCCAGAGAUGCCAGACAGCGACAUCUUCACCUUUUCGGUCUCCCUGGAAAUCAAGGAGGACGAUGGGAAAGGCUGCUUCAGUGCCGUUCCAAAAGACAAAGACAGGCAGUGCUUCAAGUUACGGCAAGGGAUCGACAAGAAGAUCGUCAUCUACGUGCAACAGACCACUAACAAAGAAUUGGCCAUCGAGAGAUGUUUUGGCCUCCUUCUCAGUCCUGGGAAAGAUGUGCAGAGCGGAGACAUGCAUUUGCUGGAUUUGGAGUCGAUGGGGAAAAGCUCAGAUGGGAAAUCGUACAUCAUUACCGGGAGUUGGAACACCAAGUCUCCGCACUUCCAAAUAGUGAACGAGGAAACGCCCAAAGAGCUAACAGUGUAUAUAUAUAAACGGCAACUGAACUCAUGCACCCUCCGUCCCUCCCUCCUUUCCAGGCACUUGAACUUGAGUGUGCGGCCCAAACCCUUGUCUGCGUUGGUGAGGAGCGGCGUUCCCGAAGCCCUCCGGGGAGAGGUGUGGCAGCUUCUGGCAGGAUGUCACAACAACGAUUUUCUGGUGGAGAAAUACCGGAUCCUCAUUACCAAGGAGUCUCCCCAGGACAGUGCCAUCACCCGGGACAUCAACCGGACCUUCCCUGCCCAUGACUACUUCAAAGACACCGGAGGAGAUGGGCAGGACUCGCUGUACAAAAUAUGCAAGGCUUACUCUGUCUACGACGAGGAGAUUGGCUACUGUCAAGGGCAGUCUUUCCUGGCAGCCGUGUUACUCCUACACAUGCCUGAAGAACAGGCCUUCAGCGUUCUGGUCAAAAUCAUGUUCGACUACGGACUCAGGGAGCUUUUCAAACAGAAUUUUGAGGACCUGCACUGCAAGUUUUAUCAGCUGGAACGUCUCAUGCAGGAGUACAUCCCCGAUCUCUACAGCCACUUCCUGGAGAUCAACUUAGAAGCUCACAUGUAUGCAUCCCAGUGGUUCCUCACCCUUUUCACCGCAAAGUUCCCUCUCUACAUGGUCUUCCACAUCAUCGACCUGCUCCUGUGUGAGGGCAUCAGUGUUAUUUUUAACGUCGCACUUGGACUGUUAAAAGUGAGUAUUACCAUUUUCUGGCCCAACCCGGACCUGGAGCACGACCUGGGACAGGCGCUGAACGAGGUGCAGGCCUCGCGCAAAACCUGGUUCAACCGAACGCUGAGCUCUAUAAAGACAGCGGAAGAAAAAGCUGAUGCGCUGAACAAGGAGCUCUUGAUGACCAAGCAGAAGCUGAUCGAUGCCGAGGAUGAAAAAAGAAGGCUGGAGGAGGAAUCAGCGCAGCUGAAAGAAAUGUGCCGGAGGGAACUGGACAAGGCUGAGUCAGAGAUCAAGAAGAACAGCUCCAUCAUUGGGGACUACAAGCAG